CAGUAUGCGGAACUCUUCCUUGCAGUAUGAUCUGAGGAAGACAGGUCCACCACCAGCUAACCGUAAACCAUCAUCCAACCACCGUACAUCGGCAACGGGGGUUUGACAAAAAUUGCACUUUGAACAGCUAAAGGAAUCGUUCCUCACGGAUCAUGCAUUCAUAAUAUAUAUUGGAUAUAGCUAGCUACAUCUAUUCAAAAGCACGAUACUACACAGGCUUCUAACCCAAGGCAAGAGGCCGACGACAUCAGCACUAGCAGCAGCUGGCUUUCUAGCAUUGGCUAGCUCGCGAGCUAGGUAUUUCCAUUAUACUUUGUCAAUGACAGCAAUGAAUUUGAAGGGACUGGUUUCCAAUCCUAUGUCUAGGCCUGCUACAGCGUGAUUUGAUCGGUCCAGAUUAAUCCAAAGGUAAUAUAGUCUGAGUUGCCAUGACUUAAGGACAACCUCAUCAUUCCAAGAUGGAGAAAAAGAAAAUGUGCCCUCGUUUACUGGACUACCUGGUAGUAGUCGGAGCCAGACAACCAAGCAGUGACAGUGUAGCCCAAACUCCCCAGCUUCUACGUCGCUACCCUCUUGAGGACCAUCCAGACUUCCCUCUCCCACCGGAUGUAGUGUUCUUCUGCCAGCCAGAAGGCUGCCUGAGCAUCCGCCAGCGCCGCGUCAGCCUCCGCGACGAUGCCUCCUUCGUCUUUACGCUGACAGACAAGGACUCUGGCAUCACGCGCUAUGGCAUAUGCGUUAACUUCUACCGCUCCUUCCAGCGGGGACACCACCGCAGCCGUGGAGACAAAGCAUCGCAUACCGAGGCUACCACACAAUCAACAGAAACAGCCAGUGACGGAUCGGAUGGCAGCAGUGUAGGCCCAACCUCGUCCUCACUGGCUCCACCCUGCAACGCCGAGACAAAGGCGCCAGCCGAAAACAGCACGGAGCCCAGACCCCCGGGUGGGGAGCCGAGCGCAGGACGGUCCCCACGGCACAAGCGCAGUGCUGCCAAGAUGGCCAACCGAAACCGCAAUAGCACCCUUACCUCACUGUGCAUCCUCAGCCACUACCCUUUCUUCUCCACGUUCAGGGAGUGCCUGUACAUUCUCAAGAGGCUGGUGGACUGCUGCAGUCAGAGGUUGACACUGCGAGCUGGGCUGCCACGCGCUACUCAAAGGGACACCAUGUGGCGUGUGUUCACGGGAGCUCUGUCAGUAGAGGAGAAAGGCAACCAGCUGUUGUCCGACUUGCGGGAGAUCGAGUCCUGGGUGUACCGUCUGCUCCGUUCGCCGGUGCCCGUGGCGGGUAUGCGGCGCGUAGAUGUGGAGGUGCUUCCCCACGACAUGCAGCCAGCGCUCACCUUCGCCCUGCCCGACUCUUCACGCUUCUCCAUGGUGGACUUCCCCCUACAUCUUCCCCUUGAGCUGCUUGGCGUGGACGCCUGUCUGAUGGUGCUCAGCUGCAUUCUGUUGGAGCACAAGGUGGUUCUUCAGUCGCGAGAUUACAAUGCCUUGUCUAUGAGCGUCAUGGCAUUUGUUGCCAUGAUCUAUCCUCUGGAGUAUAUGUUCCCCGUCAUUCCCCUACUGCCCACUUGCAUGGCCUCUGCUGAACAACUCCUUCUGGCCCCCACUCCAUAUAUUAUUGGUGUGCCAGCCAGCUUCUUCCUCUACAAAUCUGAUUUUAGAAUGCCAGACGAUGUGUGGCUUGUUGACCUUGACUGUAACAAGGUUAUAGCACCCACAAAUGCUGAGAUCUUACCUCCUCUCCCCGAGCCAGAAUCCACUGAACUCAAGAAACAUUUGAAACAGGCCUUGGCCAGUAUGAGUUUGAACACCCAGCCCAUACUGAACCUGGAGAAGUUCCAGGAGGGCCAGGAGUUGCCGCUUCUUCCACCUAGCCGGGACAAGGUGUCACCCUCAUCAACUGAGUUUAACCCACUGAUCUAUGGCAACGAUGUAGAUUCUGUGGAUGUUGCCACCAGGGUUGCCAUGGUGAGGUUCUUCAACUCUCCAAAUGUGCUCCAAGGAUUUCAGAUGCACACUCGCACCCUGCGUCUGUUCCCACGGCCUGUUGUGGCGUUCCAGGCUACAUCCUUCCUUGCUUCACGACCCAGACGCUCAAGCUUUGCUGAGAAAUUGUCCCACACCCAGGCGGUAGAAUUCUAUGGAGAGUGGGCCCUAAACCCCUCCAACCUAGCUUUUCAGAGGAUUCAUAACAACGUGUAUGAUCCCUCCCUGAUUGGAGACAAGCCUAAGUGGUAUGCGCACCAACUACAGCCAGUGUUUUAUCGUGUGUAUGACGGCAGCUCCCAGCUGGCCGAGGCCAUGGCUGGGCCCCUGGAAGACGAUGGCAAUGACUCAGACCCAACAGAUGAUAGUAGCGACAGCGAAGCUUACGAUGACUCCAGCUCUUCCUACUCCUCCCUUGGAGACUUAGUGAGUGAGAUGAUCAAGUGUGACAUCCAGGGAGACACACCAAGCGUACAUCCCCCGACUCAUGCGGCUCUGGGUGAUGCCAGCGAGGUCGAGUUUCAGGACUUCCAGGAAUUCAAGGAAGGAGAGGGUCCAGAUCGUGCUUCAGAGGUCUGCGAUGGACCAUCCGAGCCGUCUGAUGGACAACCUCUCCGUUCGAGCUCCAGUACCACAGCCAGCUCAAGCCCCAGCACAAUCAUUCAGGGAGUCAACCACGAGCAAACAGAACAAGGGGAAAUGGAAGCGUCUGCAAGUGCUGCUCUUCAGAACCCUGUCCCGGUAUUGGGUGGUCCACCCUUCUCCCGACCUACCCCCGACUCUACAGCUGUCGACUCAGUCACUAAGAAGCGAGAAUAUGACAACCCCUACUUUGAGCCCCAAUACGGUUUCCCUGCUGAAGAAGACCCUGAAUCAGAGGAGCAAGAAGAGUCAUACACACCCCGAUUCAACCAAAACCUUAAUGGCAACAAGGCCCAGCGUCCACUUCGCCCAAGCAGUCUAAGGCUUCCGGGAGAGUCUGAUGGAGAAGGUGACUCUCGUAACAGCUCCCCUAUCUCAAACAACAGCGGCGAUGGUUUUGGGGGUCUCAUGUCCUUUGCCAGUAAUCUGUACAAGAACCAUGGCACCAGUUUCAGUCUCUCCAACCUAGCUAUCCCCAACAAGGCUGCAAGAGAGAAAGCCACACCAUUCCCCAGUCUCAAAGGUGCACGGGCUCCCAGGGCUCUUGUAGACCAGAAGUCCUCUGUCAUCAAGCACAGUCCCACAGUCAAGAGAGAGUCACCUUCCCCCCAAGGCCGCGCCAACAACACCAGUGAGAACCAGCAGUUUUUGAAGGAGGUGGUCCAGAGUGUUCUAGAGGGCCAGGGAGUUGGCUGGCUCAACAUGAAGAAGGUGCGUCGUCUGCUGGAGAACGAGCAGCUGCGUGUUUUUGUGCUGAGUAAGCUGAACAGAGCCGUGCAGUCGGAGGAGGAUGCCAGACAUGAGGUUAUCCGUGAUGUGGAGGUAAGCAGAAAAGUGUAUAAGGGCAUGUUGGACAUCCUGAAGUGCACAGUUUCCAGCCUGGAACACUCCUACACCAAUGCGGGGCUUGGAGGCAUGGCCAGCGUCUUUAGUGUACUGGAAAUAGCACGCACCCACUACCAAACCAAAGACCCAGAGAAGCGCAAGCGAAGCCCUACAGACAGUGCUGGCAGCCCAGGCAGCAAGGAGAGCCCGUCGGCCCACAUAGAGGGUGCCAGGCCUCAGGGUCUGCUGCUUGUGCCUCGCCUCCAGCUGACUCAUCCCACCUCGGGCAGAGGUGCCCGGCACUUUGACACCCGGAGUCUGAACGAAGAGAAUUUUAUUGCUUCUAUUGAAUUGUGGAGCAAGCACCAGGAUAAGCAAAAAUCUAUGGAAAAACAGAGAGUGGAGGGAGCUAAACAGCAGCGUCCAGAGGUGACAGACACUGAGGAAAAGAAGUCCCAGAUCAGUGCAGAUAGUGGCGUCAGUGUCCACUCAGGGUCUCAGAAGAGUGACACAGAGUCAAUGACCAGCUCUGAACCAGCAGUGCUGACCAGAAGCACCAGCCAGGAUUCAGAAGCCAGCACAGUGAUAAGUAACAGUUCGGGGGAGACGCUGGGAGCAGACAGUGACCUCAGCAGUACUGCAGGAGACGGGGGAAGGCCUGCUCCCCAUCUUGCUCUCUCCAGAGGGACUCUCUCUGAUAGCGAGAUUGAGACCAACCCGGCUACAAGUUCUGUGUUUGGUAAAACCCAGAAAUUAAAGCCUGGGAUGAAGAAACCUAUACCUGUGGUGGCUAAGGGACCCCCUGCCCAACCAAUGGAGGAUAUCAGCAUGAGGAUCUACUUGUGUGAAGGCCUUCUGGGGCGGGACAAGAGCUCCAUGUGGGACCAACUUGAAGAUGCUGCCAUGGAAACCUUCUCUUUGAGUAAGGAACGCUCCACUCUGUGGGACCAGGUUCAGUUUUGGGAAGACGCUUACUUGGAUGCUGUCAUGUUGGAGAGGGAAGGAAUGGGAAUGGAUCAAGGACCUCAGGAGAUGAUUGACAGGUACCUGUCACUAGGGGAGCAUGAUCGCAAGCGUCUUGAGGACGAUGAAGACAGGUUAUUGGCUACUCUACUGCACAACAUGAUUGCCUACAUGCUAAUGAUGAAGGUGUCCAAAAAUGACAUAAAGAAGAAGGUUAGGCGUCUGAUGGGGAAGUCCCACAUUGGCCUCUCCCACAGCCAGGAGAUCAACGAGUCACUGGAUAAAUUGACUCAAACGGAUGGUCGUGAGCUAUCUAUCAGGCCCAGUGGAAGCCGACAUAUCAAGAAGCAGACGUUUGUGGUGCAUGCUGGGACAGAUACCACCGGCGACAUCUUUUUCAUGGAGGUUUGUGAUGACUGCAUAGUCCUGCGCAGCAAUAUCGGCACAGUGUACGAGCGUUGGUGGUACGAAAAGCUCAUCAACAUGACCUACUGCCCCAAGACCAAGGUGCUCUGUCUGUGGAGACGCAACGGCCAGGAGACGCAACUAAACAAGUUUUAUACCAAGAAGUGUCGUGAACUAUACUACUGUGUCAAAGACAGUAUGGAGAGAGCGGCAGCAAGACAGCAGAGCAUUAAACCAGGUCCAGAACUGGGCGGUGAGUUCCCUGUGCAGGACAUGAAGACAGGCGAAGGAGGUCUGCUGCAAGUCACUUUGGAGGGCAUCAACCUCAAAUUCAUGCACAGCCAGGUUUUCAUAGAGCUGAGUCACAUAAAAAAGUGCAAUACUGUGAAAGGAGUCUUUGUCCUGGAGGAAUUUGUUCCUGAAACUAAAGAAGUGGUGAUCCACAAGUACAAGACACCAAUGGCGCACCAGAUCUGUUACUCUGUCCUCUGCCUUUUCUCCUAUGUGGCUGCAGUGAAAGGGAAAGAAGGGGACGGCAAGGCCAAGCUCCUAUCCCCAAGACCCCUGCCUAGCUAGUAGACAUCCUCUAAAUAUGACCGGAUAUACUCUACCCCACCCCUAGACUUCCUCAACACCCCCUUCUUGCGUGCCUCUGAAUCCACAGCAAUUACUAUUCAUUCAUAUUCAUCGAUAAAUGACCCUUGAUAAUCCCUCAACCUACAAUUAAGCACACAUCCAUCGCUUCUCCUUGCCCGCGUGAAUCCUUCCUAUGGAAACAUGCCCACUGCCCAUCCCACUCUCCUGUGUGUAAAUCUGAAUUUAUGAACCCUGCCCAAUGCUGUUGUCCCCCACACACACACACACACACACCUGCAGUCGUUCCUUAUGGCAAUCUUAAAAACGGGCCAUAUUUGCUCACUCUUUGGUGGGGUGACAGACUUUUACCCUCUAUGUUCUUAUUUGUGACUGUAGUCAGUCACUCUUGUCCCUGCUGCCAAUAUAUUAGUUUUUAGUUGGGAAGGAUACUUUGUGUGUGUGUGUGUGUGUGUGUGGGGGGGGGGGGGGUUAUGAGGCUCUAGCUAGCAUGCUGGUCACAUGCAGAGCCCUGCCAGUGAAUAAAUAGAGAGCAAUGUCCCCCACUCCCUAUCCACUCUGACUGUGCAUAAAUAAUUAUAUGUGCUGUGUGAUACUUGUGUAAAACUUCAGUCUGUCCAAGUUUAAAUGAGUGAAACAUUUAAAAAGCAUAUUGUAGCGCUGGGUGUCACGUUUGUUAAAUGCUACUGUUUAGUGCACCAGAACAUCGCAUGUAAGCGCUUUUUAAAGGUUUCAUUAUUUGAAUCCUAAAUACUGUGAGUGGUCCAAGAUGCGUGUUAUCUCUUAAGCUUGCCCUGUAAGGCUAAACUACUGUACUAGUUCUACUGUAACAUUUCUUGUCUGUGGUCAACUAGGCUAUAUUGAAUUGCAUGUUACUAUGAAGACAAAAAAAAUAUUUUAAAAGAAUAGAAAUGCUGUACACAACCCAUAAGCAAAAUGUUACAAACUGUGGUUGGUUCGCUAGAUGUGCAAUACUUGAUAUAGUUAGCCAGUACUGGAGUCAUAUCAUUGUUUCAAUUGAAAAUAUGUUCCAGUUUGGGGGCGUUACCAGAGCAAGGAAUGAAAUAAAGAACUUCAUUGUCUUACAUAUUGAUUGGAGUAAUAUGAUGACGUGUUUAAGUGCGAAGCGAUUGUGUUUGGAGAUUCUGUUGUCUUCAGGUGUGAACCUGCCGCCGGCAGUCUCUGAUGUAGUGGUGGUGUCCGUCAGAGGAAAGGGUUUACGGUCGUUAUGUUGUGUCUGUAUUGUAAUAGGAGAUGAAUAAUUCAGUCUGGCCGGACUGCAACCCUCUGUAAUUUCAACAGUGUGUGUAUCAGCGUGUGUAGUUUGUUCAUGCAGUGUUUCGUUUCUCCAGAUCAGCAAUAUAUGAGUAACACAGCUAUAUAAUUGGGAGGUCAUUUUCAUGUUGUGGAUUUUGUAUUUUAGAGAUGAAAUGCGUGUAAGAAAUCUGUUGUUUAAACUUCCUUGAGAGACUAUUAUUUUAGGCAUUCCAUUGUUGUAAAAACACUCACAAGUGUAUAUAAGAGAGUACCGGCCUAAAUGAAACUUCUCCUAAACAGUUUUGAAAUAAGGACCAAUAAUUGUUGGUGUUCAUCAGACUGGAAUUCAAGAGAGAUUGAUUUGAGAAAAACCCUGUCAUUGCUAGCUUGCUGCUUUCAGAGAUGGAGUGAAUAAUUUAAAUGAGACAUUGGGUGUAUAUAUUUCAGUGUUGAACAAAGUAUUUAUAGAACAUGUACAGGUUUGGCAAUGUCAAAUAAAAGUUGUCCAAACUGAA